CUUGUGGUAUUUUUAUUUAUUUAUUUUUGGUUAAUUUGUAAGUGAAAUUCAGAUUAUUAGUUUUGAUGGAUCUAAAAGUGUUGGGUUGCUAAUUAAUGAUGAUUAUGGGGUUCUAAUUAUGAUAAUGGGAUUACAGUCUUCUGGUAAAUUAGUUGAAUUUGCUAGAAGAUUUUUUAUGGGCCAUAAUUGCAAUUAUCAUCAUCAUCAGAAGAAAGGGCAGUUAGCUUAGCAUACAGUGUUUGCAGUUGGAAGUUAUCAAGAAAAUUUAUUUAUGAUAUUAUUAUAUGAUUCAAUAGAUAAAAUAUUUUCUGGUGGAUAGUUGUGAUGGAGGUCAAAACAGCAGAUGACAGUUUAUCUGCUGAACCAGUUCAAUGGACUCCGAAACAGCUGGUGUUCAGACCUUAUGAACCAGUUUUAGCUCAAAGUUUGAGAGUUCAUGUUAAAAGACCUUUGGUAUCGCGUUUAACCAAGGAUUUAGUGGAAACUUACAGAAUAUGCAAUCCUCAGUUCAAAUAUUUAGAGGAGUUAAACCCAAAGCGGUUUUUGACAAGCCCAUCUGCUGGAGUACUUAAUGAUGGUCAUGAUAAUGCAAAUUCAGACCUUAUUCUGACUGUGAACCAGGCCCUGGUUAAUUCAGAAACUCAUAGAAGAUAUAUUGUAAAAGACAUACUUGGGCAGGGGACAUUUGGGCAGGUUGCUAAAUGCUGGGUUGCAGAACUUGAUCGUUUCGUUGCUGUGAAGGUCAUUAAAAAUCAACCUGCUUACUAUCAGCAGGCACUGGUCGAAGUGUCCAUUCUGACAACGUUAAACAAAAAGUUCGAUCCCGAGGAUAAGCAUCACAUUGUUCGUAUUUAUGAUUACUUUGUUUAUCAACGGCAUCUGUGCAUUUCUUUUGAACUGCUCGAUACAAAUUUGUAUGAGCUUAUAAAGCUAAAUCAGUUCCGGGGAUUAUCAUUGAGUAUCUUGCAGCUAUUUUCAAAGCAGAUUUUAUGUGGAUUAGCUCUGAUGAAGGAUGCUGCUAUUAUCCAUUGUGAUUUAAAGCCUGAGAAUAUUCUUUUAUGCACAAGUGUGAAGCCAGCGGCAGUCAAAAUUAUUGACUUUGGAUCCGCUUGCAUGGAAGAUAACACCGUAUAUUCUUAUAUCCAGAGUCGAUACUACAGAUCACCUGAAGUUCUUCUAGGAUACAGGUAUACAACAGCCAUUGACAUGUGGUCAUUUGGAUGCAUAGUUGCGGAACUAUUUCUUGGCCUGCCUCUUUUUCCCGGAAUAUCUGAAUUUGAUCUUUUAAAGAGGAUGAUGAAAAUUCUCGGGGAACAACCGCCGGAUCAUGUGCUUAAAGAGUCCAAGAACGCUAGCAAAUACUUCAAAUACGUAGGGAGUGUAAGCCAUGAUGAAAAUAGUCAGGAAUCUUCUUCUGGAAGAAGUGUUUACCAAGCUUUAACCGAAGAAGAAUAUGAGGCUAGGGAGAAAAAGAAACCGUUAAUUGGUAAGGAGUACUUCAAUCACAUGAAUCUUGAGGGAAUUGUCAAAAAGUAUCCUUACAAGAAAAAUCUGCAAGAUGAAGAUUUAGCUAGAGAGAGUCAAAUUCGAUUAUCCCUGAUUGAUUUUUUGAAAGGACUUGUAGAAUUUGAUCCAGCCAAGCGGUGGUCUCCCUUACAGGCUUCUAAGCAUCCGUUUGUUACCGGGGAACCUUUUACUUGUCCUUAUAUUCCUGCUCCUGAGACUCCUCGUUUGCGUGUUUCUAAUAACGUCAAGGUCAAUCAUCAUCCUGCCGGGGGUCAUUGGUUUGCAGCUGGCCUCUCGCCUAAUGUUCAAGGUGGAAAUCGAGUUGCGAUGUAUAAUAGCUCUCAUUUUCAAGUAAUGCCUUAUGCACAUGGUGGUAAUUUUGGAAGUUUAGGAAGUCAUGGCAGCUACAACGAUGGUACUGUACUCGGAAGUAGCUAUGGUAGUUAUGGAGAUAACAGUAAUAUGCCCACAUAUUAUUCACCGGUGGGUCCAUCGGCUUUGAACAACUAUGCACAAAAUGGCCCUGUUCUUGGAAGUAGUCCUGAUGCUCGGCGAAGGAUUAUGCAAAUCCCACAUGGAAAUGGGUACGGGUUCAGUCCAGCAGGAAAUUUUGCACCCAUGUCACUUGGCACUAGUCCAUCACAAUUUACACCACCUUAUAGCCAGGUGACAUCUGGGUCUCCAGGGCACUAUGGCCCUAGUUCCCCUGCUAGAGGAACUGUUCAUGGUUCGCCCCUUGGAAAAGGAACACCACCUGUUAAUCAGAUGAAUAGAAGAAAAAAUUGGGGGUAUUCUGGGAACUUAACUCAAGAAAGUGCACCCUCCACACAUCGGCAAGGGCAGUUUCCUGAUGUCAAUUCACCAAAUUUAAAUGCUGGAAAUUGGAAGCAACAGCAAAGAAAUAGUGGAAGCGCUGGAGGACACGGUUCAUAUGGUUCGAGUAAACCGUUUUUGCAUCCCAAAGGUGUUAUUCAUGACAAGCCCGAGACUAGCAGCUCCUUGCCUGAUCCUGGGGACUGGGAUCCCAACUAUAGCGAUGACUUGCUUCUGCAAGAUGAUUCUUCAGAAUUGAGCAACAUGACAACGGAGUUCAGUAAGAGUAUGCAUCUUAGUCAAGCUUUCACUCCUACAGAAUCGUUUGGUGGAUUUGGACGAUCAAAUCAGAUGCCUAACUCAAAUAUGUCUACUCAAAGGCCAAAUGGGCCUAUUCAGGCGUUUUCACAUGCAGAGGUUGGGGGUUCUGCCUCGUCCCCAGAUAUGUAUGCUCAGCCCAUGAUAAAUUCGCAUUUAGUGCCCCAUUUCUCACAAUUUUCACCCAGUCGGUUGGGCCAGCAACCAGUUCAGCGGUUCAAUCAUGGAAGGUCAAUGGGUAAUCGUGGAGGUGAAUGGAAUCAUGUCAAGGUUCCCCCUCUUUCCAAUUUCAACUCAGGGGGUCCGCGUUCCCCUGGAAGCAAUAGUGCACCUUGGGGGCGUAGAGGCAACCAUCCCAUUGCUGCCAGUAUUGUGCCAUCUUCUCAUGGAGGAAAUGAAUAUGGAAGGAUCGUCUGAUGAUUAAAAAUUGAAAUUAUAUAUAGAAAAGUCUACUGUAAGGGACGUUGGGAUGAUAAUUGUUAGUUGAAGUUGCUCCUACCCAUGCAUUUUGAAUGUGCAUUUAUAGUGAUUCGAUAAGACUUAUGAAAUUCGCUUCUUCCUAUUUCUUUCAUUUGUUGCCAUUGUGACAUGUUUAUUUCUUCUUUAUCCCCCAUUGGGGUUUGUGGAAUGUGAAAUGUGGAAUGUCGAAAACGAGUAGGCAUACAAGGUUUGAUUAUUUCUA